GGGCGCGGGGCGGCGCCGGGAGCGGCGGGGCCGGCGGAGCCAGCGGGCGACGGGAGCGAGCCAGGCUGACCUUGACCGGCUGACCUCGGCCGGGUGACCUUGGCCGGCGGGCCGUGCCUGCCCCGCCUCGCCAUGGACCAGGACUAUGAGCGGCGCCUCCUCCGGCAGAUCGUCAUCCAGAACGAGAACACGAUGCCGUGCGUCACGGAGAUGCGGCGAACCCUGACGCCCGCCAACUCCCCCGUGUCCUCCCCCAGCAAGCACGGAGACCGUUUCAUCCCCUCCAGAGCCGGCGCCAACUGGAGCGUGAACUUCCACAGGAUCAAUGAGAAUGAGAAGUCUCCCAGCCAGAACCGGAAAGCCAAGGACGCCACCUCGGACAACGGCAAAGAUGGCCUGGCCUACUCUGCGCUGCUGAAGAACGAGCUGCUGGGAGCUGGCAUCGAGAGGGUGCAGGACCCGCAGACGGAGGACCGGAGGCUGCAGCCGUCCACGCCCGAGAAGAAGGGCCUCUUCACGUAUUCCCUUAGCACCAAGCGCUCCAGCCCCGACGACGGCAACGAUGUGUCUCCCUACUCCUUGUCCCCUGUCAGCAACAAAAGCCAGAAGCUGCUGCGGUCGCCGCGGAAGCCCACCCGCAAGAUCUCCAAGAUCCCCUUCAAGGUCCUGGACGCGCCCGAGCUGCAAGAUGAUUUCUAUCUGAACCUGGUGGACUGGUCGUCGCUCAACGUGCUCAGCGUGGGGCUGGGGACCUGCGUGUACCUGUGGAGCGCCUGCACCAGCCAGGUGACCCGGCUCUGCGACCUCUCGGUGGAAGGGGACUCGGUGACCUCCGUGGGCUGGUCUGAGCGGGGGAACCUGGUGGCCGUCGGCACACACAAGGGCUUCGUGCAGAUUUGGGAUGCGGCCGCGGGCAAGAAGCUGUCCAUGCUGGAAGGCCACACGGCACGUGUCGGGGCGCUGGCCUGGAAUGCGGACCAGCUCUCGUCGGGGAGCCGGGACCGCAUGAUCCUGCAGAGGGACAUCCGCACCCCGCCCCUGCAGUCGGAGCGGCGGCUCCAGGGCCACCGGCAGGAGGUGUGCGGGCUCAAGUGGUCCACGGACCACCAGCUCCUCGCCUCAGGGGGCAACGACAACAAGCUGCUGGUUUGGAACCACUCGAGCCUGAGCCCCGUGCAGCAGUACACGGAGCACCUGGCAGCUGUGAAGGCCAUCGCCUGGUCCCCGCACCAGCACGGGCUGCUGGCGUCCGGCGGAGGCACGGCCGACCGCUGCAUCCGCUUCUGGAACACGCUCACGGGGCAGCCGCUGCAGUGCAUCGACACGGGCUCCCAGGUGUGCAACCUGGCCUGGUCCAAGCACGCCAACGAGCUGGUGAGCACACACGGCUACUCGCAGAACCAGAUCCUGGUCUGGAAGUACCCGUCUCUGACGCAGGUGGCCAAGCUGACCGGCCACUCCUACCGGGUCCUCUACUUGGCGAUGUCCCCUGAUGGAGAGGCCAUCGUCACUGGUGCUGGAGAUGAAACCCUGAGGUUCUGGAAUGUCUUUAGCAAAACCCGUUCGACAAAGGUAAAGUGGGAAUCCGUGUCCGUCCUUAACCUCUUCACCAGGAUCCGGUAAAGCCGCGGGCCCGCCGUCCCGGUCGGCAGAUGGCCCGUCAGCGCGCACGGACCCUCCCCUCCCCGCUCGUGGGCCCGGAGGCAGGCGGCCGGGUGGGCGGGGAGCCGGGCCUGGAGAGACCCUGAAGCUUCUCAUUAAAGCCUGAUUGUGAGCCUGUCGCCGGUGUCUGGGGCGGGGACGUCGUCGGCCCCAGGAGCGGGCCCUGCCUCGGACCAGCUGCCCUCAGAGAGGGCUGGACGCCUCCUGGCCCCCCCCCCGCUUCCGUUCGUGCCGGCACCACCUCGGGGCUGCAUGCUCUUCCCAGAAGCUUGUGCUCACCACCGCCACCCCUGCCACACCUGCCAUGGGACGCACGGCUGGACGCCAGGCCGGCCGGCCGCAGGAGGACCCGAGUGCUGGGCCGCGUGCCACCUCAGGUUGGCCCGUGGGUCAGAGGGACGUUGCCACCUCUGAGGUUUCUUCAUGGCCGCCUCUGCCGUCCUGCCCCGGCAGCCACCCUGGGGAUGUUUCCGGGGGCCCAGCUGGGUGGCAGGAGCAGGCCCAGGCGGCUCCAUGCCGAAGGAGGUCAUCUGGAGAUGGACCGGCUGUCCCGGCAAGACUGAAGUCACCUCGUGUCACCAUGUCCUCACCCUGACCGUGUGCCAUCCUUGUCACUGACGGGCUCACAGCCCUGUUCCCUUCCCUAGUGGGACUCCGGCUCUUGUGGCAUACUGGACGGCCAGUUAGGGGGCCUGAGGGCCAAAGUGACCCCAAGGGCCAGGUCCUGCGGGUGCCCGGCCAUCCUUCCCAGCCUUCCCUCCAGGCCCACCAUGGGUCCUGUCCAUCUGCACCUCCAGCUCUGGGGCAGCCAGCUGGUCCCCCAGAAGCUUCCUGAGCUUUCCCAGACCCUGUCCCACCUCCUCGUCCUCUGCCCUGUCCCCAGCUGCGCCCGGGCCCGCUCCCUCUGACCUUAGCUCCAGACCAGGAGAAAUCGGAUGGGAGGGAGGUUGGGCCGCGGCCUGAGCGCCACCUCCCCCUCAGGUCGGGGCCGAGCAGGCCUGGGCGGGGCGAGGGUCCUGCAGGGCCCGGGGACGGCCGCACAGAGACCCCAUCACCCCACUCCCGGGUUCUGGCAGCCUCGUGCUCCCGCACCGUCGGCCUCGUGUGUGCAUGUGUAUAUACGUAUCUGUGACUUUUCUUUGGACGUGUUCGUGUCUCUGUAGACGGGUCCCCGCAGUGUGUGAGGCUGGCUGGGGAGGGCAGGGGGCCGAGGGCGCCGCCCUCCACGCCCGGAACCUGCCUGGACUCGGGGUGGGCGAGGGGCAGUGUACAUAGAUGUGUGUAUUUCGAUCCGUCGAGACCUUAUUUUUGUUUGUUCGAGUCUUUUUUUUAAGAAGAAAACAGCCCGUCUGUGGUCCCCCGCCCCGUGCAGUGGCCAAAGGGCCUGGGAGCUGUCUGUGUGCGAGCCCCUGGGUGCCGCCCGACCCGACUGCACCAGGGCAGCCAGCUGAGAGUGGCAAGGCUGUUCCCGGCGCGCGAGCUGGGUGGAGGGGUGGCGACGGGCGCCCGGCGCAGAGCCAGCCUAGGUCUCAUGUAAUGAAUGCUGUGUCAUUGUCAUUAAACCAGAGUGGGUUCAUGCA